CGCAAAGCGAGAGCAAAAUACCCGUGGUCAACAACUUACUGGACUCGGACUCGCCCGAGGACAUGAACACUGGUCUGUAUUUUUCUGAUGGAAAGAGGAAAGUGGACUACGUACUGGUGUACCACUACAGGAGACAUUCAUCCCUGGCCCACAGACUAUCUGUGGUUUCUAAUGGCAGCUUUACCAUCACUGUGGGCACAAAGGACUCUCAGGUGGUGCAGGAGGUGUCUGUGGAUCCGGAGCCUCCAGACCCAGCUGACAGGGAGAAGACUUUAAUAAGAGAGGAGUUUGAGGCAAGCCUGCAGGAGGCCGGCCUGGAAAUCGAACGGGACAAAGAGCACAAGACCCAUGGCACAAGCUUCAUUAGGCUCCAUGCAAACUGGCAGGUCCUGAGCAGGGAGGCCGAGUUCCUCAAGAUCAAAGUACCCACAAUAAAGAGUUAUGAGCUGAAGGAGAAGAGGGGGUUUUCAGGUGUAAUGAGUGCACUGGGGCGCAAAAUCAACCAGCCUUUCCAGCCCAAAGUGCCACACCUGAACAGCAACAGCCGCACAAAGUUCAUCUCCCACUCCUUCUCUCGAGAUAAGUUACACCUGUACAACAUCCAACAUAAGGACACUUUCUUCGACAAUGCAACACGCAGCCGAAUAGUGUACGAGAUACUGAGACGCACCUCCUGCACACAGACUUGCCAAACCACGGGUAUAAUCACAUUAAUAGCUAAGGGUGUCUACGACUGUGCCUUCCCCCUGCAUGACGGUGACUUUAAAACUACUGGUGAAGAUGAGCAGAGGAAUGACAGACAGCUCCUGCAUGACGAAUGGGCGAGAUACAGGGCCUUUUACAAGUACCAGCCUGUCGAUCUCAUAAGGAAGUACUUUGGGGAGAAGAUUGGCCUUUACUUUGCCUGGCUGGGUGUCUACACGCAGCUGCUCAUCCCAGCGUCCAUAGUCGGCAUCAUUGUCUUGUUCUAUGGCUACGCCACCAUGGAAACCAAUGUGCCCAGCAUGGAGAUGUGUGACAGGCGGCAGAACUUCACCAUGUGUCCUCUCUGCGAUGGCGUCUGUGACUACUGGCAUCUGAGCACCGCCUGUGACACCAGCCGUGCCAGCCACCUCUUUGACAAUCCCGCCACGGUCUUCUUCGGCGUCUUCAUGUCCCUCUGGGCCGCCAUGUUUAUGGAGCACUGGAAACGCAGGCAGAUCACCCUGAACCACCGCUGGGACCUGAUGGCCCUGGAGGAAGAGGAGGAUCGAGUGAAGGAGCACCCCCGACCACAGUAUGAGUCCACCCUCCUUGAGAAGAGGCGGAGAAGGAGUAAACGGCAAAGUAAACGACAGAAAAAUGCGUCGGGACCCCGGAAACUGACAUGGAGAGACAGGUUGCCUGGAUACAUCAUCAACAUCUCCUCCAUCUUAUUCAUGUUCGGCCUGACGUUCUCUGCUGUGUUUGGCAUCAUUGUCUACCGGAUCACCACCUCGGCCGUCAUGGCCAUGAGCCCUGACCCAGAGGCCAAGUCCAACGUGCGGGUAACGGUCACUGCAACCGCGGUCAUCAUCAACCUGCUGGUCAUCCUGAUCCUGGACGAGAUCUAUGGCGCUAUCGCCGUCUGGCUCACCGAACUCGAGAUCCCUAAAACUGAAAAGGAUUUUGAGGAACGGUUGAUUCUGAAGGCCUUUCUCCUGAAAUUUAUGAACGCGUAUGCCCCUAUCUUCUAUGUGGCGUUUUUCAAAGGAAGGUUCGCCGGCCGCCCGGGGGACUACGUGUACGUCUUCAAUGACUACCGCAUGGAGGAGUGUGCACCCGGGGGCUGUCUCAUUGAGCUCUGCAUCCAGCUCAGCAUCAUCAUGCUGGGGAAACAGCUCAUCCAGAACAACAUUUUUGAGAUAGGAAUUCCGAAGCUGAAGAAACUCUACAGGACGUUGAAGGAAAGAGGUGCCGACCCGAAGGACACUGAUAACCAGCAUGCCAGAGCACCUCAACGCUGGGACCUUGACUACGACCUGGAGCCCUUCGAAGGCCUGGCCCCGGAGUACAUGGAGAUGAUAAUUCAGUUUGGAUUCGUCUCCCUCUUCGUGGCCUCCUUCCCCCUGGCGCCACUCUUUGCUCUGCUUAACAACAUCAUCGAGAUUCGCCUCGACGCCAAGAAGUUCGUCACCGAGCUGCGGCGGCCAGAUGCUGUGCGGGCCAAGGACAUCGGAAUCUGGUACAACAUCCUUAAUGGAAUUGGCAAGUUCUCGGUCAUCAUAAAUGCAUUUGUCAUCUCCUUCACCUCGGACUUCAUCCCACGGCUGGUCUACCAGUACAUGUACAGCGACACGGGUACCAUGCACGGCUUCAUCGACCACACCCUUUCCUUCUUCAACGUCAGCAACUUCAAACCGGGCACUGCUCCCAACUCCUCCCAGUAUGGCAGAGAGGUGCUAUUGUGCAGGUAUAAGGACUACAGGGAGCCGCCCUGGUCCGGAGAAGCCUACCAGUUCUCCAAGCAGUACUGGGCAGUGCUCGCUGCCCGCCUGGGCUUCGUCAUUCUGUUCCAGAACCUGGUGAUGUUCCUGAGCAUGCUGGUGGACUGGAUGAUUCCGGACAUGCCCAAAGACAUCAGCGAGCAGCUGAAGAAGGAGAAGACCAUGAUGGUGGACGUGUUCCUGCGGGAGGAGAAGGAGAAGAUCCACCUCAUCCACGGCCUGUUCGCCAAGGACGAGGCCGGGAAGGCGGCGGGCGACGCCCCGCUCCCGCAGCAGGAGCCCGCGCCCAACGCCGGGGACGGCGGCCCUCGGACCCGCUGCCGGGCAGCCAGCUUCAGCCAGUUCAGCAGAGAGACGCCUCCCAGCCCCAGCGUGAGGCACACGGCCGUGUGA